AUGGAGUCCAAAAAUCCCGACGACGUGGUGCGCAAGAAGCUCAAACAUCUACUGACGCGAUAUGAUAGCCAUUAUCUAGUCUCUCCGACAGGACAUGGCGCGGGGGGUUUGGGUCUGUUCUGGAAACAGGAACUAGACCUUCAAAUCUUAGACUCAAACUCUCAUGUAAUUGAUACUCUCAUAUCUUUUGAAGGAAAAAGUUUUUUCUCCUCCUUUGUUCAUGCUAGCACUGAUCGAAACCAGAGGAAUCUCUUAUGGGACAGUUUGUUAGCCAAAGCUAACGGGCGCGAGGACCCAUGGUUCGUAACCGGCGACUUUAAUGAUCUGAUUUGUGGAGAGGAAAAGGAUGGUGGCCCUGAAAGACCGGAAGGAUCGUUCUCCGAUCUCCGCACCUUUUUCUCAGAAGCUGAUUUGUUUGACCUCCAGCACUCGGGAGAUUUCUUGUCAUGGAGAGGACAAAGAGGAGACCACCUGGUCCGCUGUAGGCUUGACAGAGCCGUAUCAAACACACAAUGGGCUGAGACUUUCCCUACUGCUCGCUGCGAGUAUCUCGGUUUUGAAAGCUCGGAUCACAUGCCUAUCAUAUCCUUUUUUGACAAAGGCAAACGUAGAAGGAGAGGCCUCUUCCGAUAUGACAGACGACUAUGCAAAAAUGAGGAAGCAAAGAAGGUCAUCUCCAACUCCUGGAGUGCCGACAACGCCCAAACUGUCAGCGAGAAGCUCUCCUCUGCUCGGAGCGCUAUCUCUGCAUGGAAUAAAACUCAGCACCGCAAUAGCCAACGUGUCAUAGAGCAAAAGAAAUGGGAACUUAACAAAGCGCUAUCUAGUCCAGCUAAUGACACAGCCCUAAUCCAAAACAUCUCUGAAGCUCUCAAUGCAGCUUAUUUAGCAGAGGAAGAAUAUUGGAGGCAAAGGAGCCGCUUGCUUUGGUUGAAGCUCGGAGACCGAAACACCGGCUAUUUCCAUGCAACUACGAAGAGUAGAAAACGAGCAAACGGCUUCUCGGUCCUGGAAAAGGAAAAUGGUGAAAUGGUGUAUAAGGAAGAAGAGAUCAUCUCUGUCAUUGGGAAUUAUUUCCAGACGAUGUUCUCAUCACAACCAGGGGACCGAGAAGAAGUAGUUAGACAAGGCCUGCACCCCAUUGUUUCGGAUGCAGAAAACACCUCCCUCACAGCCAUUCCAACAGAGAAAGAAAUCAAGGAAGCUGCAUUCUCGAUUCACGCGGAUAAGGCACCGGGGCCCGAUGGGUUCUCAGCGGGUUUCUUCCACACCCAUUGGGAGGAGAUAAGUCAGGAUAUAGUGCGUGAGGUGCAAGGAUUCUUUGCGGGUGAAUCACUACCGGAGGGGAUUAAUGACACGCAUAUACGUCUUAUUCCGAAGAUUUCCCUGCCGCAGAAAGUAUCCGAUUACAGGCCGAUUGCCCUCUGCAAUGUCUACUACAAAAUCUACUCCAAGAUUCUCACAAGACGACUCCAACCGCUGAUGGAAAAGCUUAUUUCUGAGAAUCAAUCCGCCUUUGUCCCGGGACGUGCGAUCGGCGAUAAUAUAUUGAUCACCCAUGAGGUCCUUCAUUAUCUCAAAACCUCUAAGGCGGAGCAGAGAUGUGCAAUGGCGGUUAAGACGGACAUGAGUAAAGCUUACGACCGACUCGAAUGGGAGUUUAUCUCGCUAGUGCUGCUUCGGUUGGGAUUCCACCGAGACGUGGUUAGAUGUAUAAUGCAGUGUAUCACAUCAGUUACAUACUCCUUCCUCAUUAACGGCUUGCCUAGAGGGAUGGUAGUACCGAGCCGGGGUAUCCGUCAAGGAGAUCCCCUUUCUCCCUACAUAUUUAUAAUGUGUAGUGAAGUUCUCUCGGGAUUAUGUAACCGAGCGCAAGAAGAAGGGUCACUCCAAGGUCUUCGAGUGGCUAGAGGUAGUCCCCGACUAACUCACCUGUUCUUCGCGGACGAUACAAUGUUCUUCCUCCAAGCUGAUAAGGAGAAUUGUGCAUCUCUUCAGACCAUCUUACGUAAGUACGAGCAAGCUUCUGGCCAGUCGAUUAGCAAGGCAAAGUCAGCCAUCACGUUUUCCCGUAAAACUCCGGCGUCCUUAAAAGUGAUGAUCAAGAACGAGCUGCAAAUAGAGAACGAGGGAGGAAAUGGCAAAUAUCUAGGCUUACCGGAACACUUCGGCCGGAGAAAAAGAGAUCUUUUUUCAUCCGUUGUCGACCGUAUAAAGCAGAAAGCACGAGGACGAUCAAACAGAUAUCUCUCCGCUGCUGGGAAAUUAGUGCUUCUGCAAAGUGUCCUUUCGGCCAUCCCCUCGUAUUCCAUGUCUUCUUUUAUGCUCCCAGUGUCGCUCUGUAAACGGAUUCAAUCUGCGGUGACUAGGUACUGGUGGGAUAACGAUGAAAACUCCAGAAAGAUGGCAUGGAUCUCCUGGGAACACAUGGCGAAACCAAAGGCAAUAGGUGGGCUAGGCUUUCGAGAUUUCCAAAACUUCAAUAUCUCGCUACUGGCGAAGAUAGGAUGGAGGCUUCUCCAGAACCCAAAUAGCCUAUUAGCCAGGACUCUCUUUGGGAAGUAUUGCUCUGACAGCAACGUUCUCUCCGUCUCCGUAACAUCGUCUUGCUCCCAUGGAUGGAGAAGCAUUUUAUUGGGGAGGGACUUGCUUAUAAAGAACCUAGGUUGGACGAUAGGGAAUGGAACAUCAGUGAACGUCUGGUCGGACCCUUGGCUCAGCUUAACCUCCCAACUCCUGCCAAUGGGACCGCCGAAUGAAUCGCAAAAGGAGCUCACAGUCUCUGAAUUUAUUGACCCUGUCACUCGAGCAUGGGACAUCCCGAAGAUCCGACAUGUCAUCCCUGAGUAUGAAGAUAAGAUCAUGUGUAUCUAUCCAAGUUUGACCGGGGCUCCGGAUAAACUAAUCUGGUUAGGUACUAAGUCCGGAGAAUAUUCGACGAAAUCUGGUUACUUCUUUGCUGUUGAUGAUGCUGAAAACAGAGAACUUCUGCAACUCCAAGGCCCCAAGUGGAAAUCAAGUGUAUGGAACCUAAGUUGUGCACCAAAGGUUAAAAUUUUUUCAUGGAAAGCCCUUAAGGGAGCUCUUCCCGUCGGAGAGAGGCUAGCACAACGACAGGUCCCUGCCGAUCCGAGAUGUAAACGCUGUGGCAGCUCUGAAUCUAUUAUUCACCUAUUAUUCCAGUGCAGGUUUGCGCAACAAGUCUGGCAGCUUGCCCCUUUAGCGACGACCCUGGAUGUCAGUGGAACAUUAGAUUUAUUGGCUAGCUGGGAUGAGCUCUGCUCCAUCAAUUGCCUUCCACCUGCAGGAGUUACAUCGAGCGCUCUCGUUCCUUGGGUUUGUUGGAACAUCUGGAAAGCCCGGAACAAGUUCGUCUUUGAAGGUCACUCUGCCUCACCGGAGGAAACCCUAUCCACAGCUAUUGCACUUGCACGAGAAUGGAGCUUGGAAGUGAAAAAAGAAUCUGCAAUCGGAACCAAGAAAACCCCACAACAGGUCACCGCUCCACCAGGAACUAUUGUUAUACGAUCAGAUGCUGCGUGGUCCUCAGUUACACGCAAUGCGGGAUUGGGCUGGGUUGUUCUUACACCAGACGGUAGUCGCUCUUUCAGCUCACCAAGACACUCUGUUCUCUCACCCCUAGUGGCGGAGGGCUUGGCUCUUCGUGAGGCUGUUCGUACUAGUGCAUCUCUUGGCUUGAAGAAAGUGAGCUUUGAAUCUGAUUCAUCGCAACUUGUGCAGGCAAUGAGGACGGAAUCGCUCUCAAAAGAGCUCCUCAUCUUGAUGGCUGAUAUAUUCUCUUUUGUUUCAGCUUUUGAAUUUGUAUGUUUCUCAUGGAUUCCCCGAGAAAGGAAUUCCAUUGCAGAUAGUUUGGCAAAGGAUGCAUUGAUUGUAUCUGAACUCCAAGUGGUUGGUGAUGACUUUAUAGCUCCCAACUAA